CUAGUUUCCUCGAUUGUUUUUAAAUACUCGGAUAAUGCAUAUACUGGUUAGACAAGACCGCAAAUCAGUAAAUAGCUUUGUGUUAUCAAGUCGCACGGUUGUACCAGUCGUGUGCGGUUGAAGACUGGAUAGAGAGUUGACGAAUUUGAAAAAAAAAUGCAAAUAGCGGCAGAUCCUCGUGAUUUAUUAGUCAGUUCUUAUCAACGGACAACCUGCAAUUAAAAAGUCCCACAUACUUGUCCAGUGGAGGAAGCGAUAAAAUUUUGUUACAACUCCGGAAUUGUUUCCCAAAAAAUGGAGUAAAAACUUUUCGCGCAAUUUUGAGCGUUCUGUAAUUUUGGGAAUACCAUCCAAUGUUGGAAAAACAGAAGACAAAGAUACUGAGGCAGUGAAAACGAGAGAAUGAUUCAAAGUAAAGAUGCUGUUCGAAAUCGCUUGAAGAAAGGAAUAGUAUCUGGUGAAACUUCAAAGGAAGAUGAUCUUCAUGAAGUUGCGAAUGGGGAUGUUCCUGGAGAAUCUGCGCUACCGGAUAUAAAAGAUGAUGGGGAAAAAUCAGACCGAUCUGCAGAUGAGGAACGAGAGGAAAAUUCAUCUCUGAUCGAGAAUGGUGCCAAUGGGAUGGAUGCUGAUGAUGAUGAACCACCGGAGGAUGAAGACUCGCGUGAUGACGAAAGCGCUCAAGUUCAAGAGCUCACAACCAUCUGGCGUUUAUACGCAGUUGUAAGAUUGUAUUAUCGGUGGUUUAGUGAUAAUCUCGAAAAUAUCAUUGAUGAUUUGACGAUAAGACUAUUUAAUUUCUAUUUCGGUCUGCAACGAGAAUAGAAGAAUAAUUACUCUUCCAAUAGAAGGGGAAAGUUUGCGACAUGAGGAGAAAUAAAAAUUAUUUAUAUCCCAAAACUUGGAGUGGAUUAAAAAUGAAAAACUCAAUCAAUUCUCGUUCCCUGGAAUGCAAAACAACGUGACGCCAGCAAUUUUUAAUAAACAAUUGAACCAAGUACUUUCUGAAUGUAUAGAGACGUAGAAGUAAUUCUGCGAAUUGAAAAAAUUCAUUUUACUACAUGCGACAUUCAAUUACACGAGUUUCAAAAGAUUUUUCAGACAAUAAAAAAAAUCCCGAAGUAUUGAAUUUCGAAGAAUCUAUCCCAAUUUCGCCUGGAGUAACAAAAAAAAUAAAAUAUAAUAGGUUAUUUGAAACCCUGAAGAUAUUUCUUCAAUUUCUAAUUUCUAUCUUAAUUGAAUUUCCACAGAAUCCCGUUUCGCGUUAAAUUUCCGUGAUUUCAGAGAAAAGUGAGAGGAAUGGAGUAUAUUUCCGAUAGUGUCACGAGUCUGAACUUAAUUGAAAAUCCCAGUGCAGUCGGUUAUUCAAAAUAUGUCUGAAACUGUUUAACAAAGUAGAUCCGUUACCGUUUACUCGAGUAGAUCGGCAACAGUCAGAUGCUCGGCAGCUGGUGCAGGAAACUGAGUUUAGAUAUUCAUGAGGUGAUCGUAAAGGAUGCAGGGCAAUCUCUACGAGAACGAUGCGUUUGUAUUCUCCCUAAAAAAAAUCCUUUUUCCUCCACCAAAAUCGAAAUUCAUUAUUCAGACACAUCCUCCAGCGACGCGCCAUCACGAUAUAUUCUGUUUUACCAUUUUACUCGAUUUAGUGAAUUGCGCGCGAAUUUUGUUGACCCAUCAAUCCUGGAAACGUAACACUCGGAUCGACUGGAUAUUUCGCUGGAGGAAAAAAAAAAGUUUCAUUCAAGUUUAAAGCAUUCAGAGACGAGUUGCGAAGAAGAAAUCAUAUCUACCUUAGACAUCUGUAUUUUAUGUCGAGAGCUUUAUGUCGUUGGUGCGGCUGAUACCUAGCAUUGUUGUCCUCUGUAUGAAACCACCGGUAUACCCUGCCCCAGUUGUCAUUCGAAAUGCUUUUCACAUUUUCUCAGAGUUCACGCAAGUUCAGAUACUCCCAUCUUUUCUCCCACAAUGGGUGAAGUCAGAAUUCCAUUGCAUAAACUUAUGGACACGAUGAAAAAAUAAUUAAAUAUUUCAUUUUCUUUACUCA